GGCGUUAAUUAAGGAACAAAAAAAAAGUAUUUUUAAAGAAUUUUUUUCCCACGAAUUUGAAAAUACGAAGUGAACAGAAAAGAAAAUUUUCUUGAUACCGAUCCAACAGACACACAGUACAGAUCAGUAAAAAUGAAAAUAUCGUUAUGAUGCUGAUGAUAGAAAAAGAAGAUCCUUUAUGUGAAAAGAAAGAAAAAUAGUCGAAUUUUUCAGUGUUUCGUGUUUUUUUUAUUUUUUUUUUGUGAGAAAGAGAGAGUCGAGACCUUCAAUUUAUUCUUGUCAAUAUCAAAAGCAUCAACCAUAGACACGAAGUAGAAAAAUAAAUAUAAACGCAAAAAAGAACUUUGAACUAAAAUAUUUACAUAAUCUAUCAUCAUGCCACUAUAUUCGGAUAUGUAUUAUAAUUAUUUAAAUUCAGUACCACCGUCGGUGACAUCGAGUUAUAGCUCGUAUAGUUCAACUCCGUCAAUUUCUUCAAAUUAUAGCUCCUAUAGUACUGCAUCAUCUUCAUAUUCGUUAUCAUCGCCUUCAUAUUCUACACCUUCUUAUUCUUCCCCAUCAUAUUCAUCACCAAGUUACUCAUCGUUGCCUUAUACCCCAACAAUACGAAGUGGUGUUUCACGUUUCAUGCCAAAAUUAACAACAAUCUCGGAAGCACCAUUAUCAAAACAUCGAAUAGCUGCUUUAUCUCGUAUGGCUGCCUCACAUAAUACGACAUCAAAGUAUAUCCCACCAAGACCAAGACGAAUGGAUACAUCUGAUAUUGAUGUAUCAGCAAGUCGAUUUGUUAAUCGUCGAAUCAGUGAGGCUAAGCCAGUCGUUGAUAUACCAAUUGCAGAGGAAUCAACUCCAACACAGAAAGAAGAAAAUAACGAAGAACCUCCGAUAGCUAGAACAACAAUUAGACGAGAUAGAGGUUUAGUCAGAUUACGUACUGUACGAAUCACACCUGACACAAAGCCAAUUGAACCACCAAAAAAGCCAAAACUUGAACAAAGUGACAUUGAUCCAGGAUAUGGAUCAAGUGAACGAUCAAGUGGCUCGUGGCGUAAGAAAUUUGAAAAUGAACUAGAUUUACAUGAUAAGCCAUUAUCUCCAACAUCAAAAAGUCUCGGUGAGAGCUUUCUUGAAAAAUAUACAAUAAAAGAACCUCCAGUACCGGAUGUUAAAGUUUUUUUGACACUUGAUGAUGUGCCUUAUGAGCAACGUGAUUUUAUUAGACGAAAAAGUGCCACGAAAUUGCCAACAUUUAAGGAAAUUUGUUCAGAUAUCUCAUCUGAUAAAUUAACAGAUGAUCUGAAUGCAGGAGACUUGAGACGUCGAGCAUCUCUAAUUAUUGAGGAAGAGAUGCAUAAUUUUACAAAUAAAGAAUCAACAAAUUUGGAAUUGCAAAAGACUAACGAGGAUGAAAAUGCCAAUAAAAAUAAAAGUGAUGUUGAUGGUGACGAUGAAAAUGAGACUGAACCAAAGCACAAGAAUCGAAAGAUAAAGAAGAAACAAAGAGCAACAUCAAAGACAUUGUUGAGUGAAAUAGCUGAAAAAGUUGAUGAAACGAAAGAGACUGCAAUGGAUGUGAAAAGUCCUAACGAGACAGAAAUUGAAUUAUGUACAUUUAAAGUGCCACUCCGUAAGAAAAAGAAAGUGACAGAUGUAAAAACUCCUACCUGUGAUUUAAAUUCAACAGAUAUGUCAACGGCAUCACACACACAAACGCCCACAGAAUUAAUGACGUUGAAUGAGAAUGAAAAUGAAAGAAAAAUUGCGGAAAUUCAUGCAAUAAAGCAAAAGCAGCCUGAAAGUCUCAUUAAUAUUAAAUCUAAACAGCAGCAGCAGCAGAAGCAACAUUCUUCUGACCUCGAUACAAAAUUAUUAAUAGCAAAAAAUGCAAAUGAUGCUCAUUCUAGUCCCGGUGAAGAGCAGGUUAUGAAAAAUCAAAAGAGUUCAGUGAAUCUAAAAACUUCAAUGAAGUCAGAUGUAAAAUUGCCGGGGAAAAUGUAUCCCCUGAAGCGAGAGCCAAGUGCUGAUGAUUUUUGGGGUAUGAUAGGCUCACGUGAGACAACAGUAUUUGCAAAACGUAAGCAACAAGUGAUUGAGGAACAACAACAGAAAAUCAUUGAAGUAGCAUGGACUCCGGAAUGCGAUGAAGAAAAUGAGGAAAAUUCAUCACCUGAAAAAGUCAACAACCUAAAAUUAGAUCAAAAAACAAGUGAAAGUAAUAGACUCAAAGAUACAUCAACAUCAUCACAGUCGUCAUUAUUAAAAGUUACAGUUGACACAAAAAGUUAUGAAAAUAUUGUAAGCGUGGGCACAAAGAAAAUAUCUGCAGUUGUGAAUGAAAAUGAAGGAAAAAGUAAAUUGCAGAUGGAAAAUGAUAAGAAGGUUGAGCCACAAAAGAAGCUUGAGGCAGAAACAAAACUUUUUGGUAAUGCAGUCAAAUCUGUAGCCAUGAAAACCGUCGAAAAAAUGAUUGAAGUAAAAUCAUCAAAUGUUAAAAUUGAAAAGGAUAUAAUGAGCCUGAAGCAUAAAGGAUCAAUGGAUCUGAAGGAUGCAAAUAAGCCUGUUGAAUCUUUGGAUAGUUCAAAGAAGCUUGAAAGUGAAAAAUUACUUCAAAAGAAACCUGAAGUGCCUUUAAAGUCAGAAAAAGAACUUGAUAAGCAGCAACAAUCACCAAAGAAACUUGAGUCCAGCAACCAGAAGGAAGCACAAAUUAAGAAAUUUGAUAUAAAGCUUAAUAAGAAGCCUGAAGUGGUCGAUAAAGCAAAAAGUUCAGAAGAAUCUGAAAAGGAAUCAGAGAAGAAGAAGCCCGAAGUGAGUGGAAAGAAAAUGAAUGAAAAGGAACUGGAAACCAAGAAGACUGAAGUAUUCAAUGAAAUUGAAUUAAAGGGAAAGAAAAUUGAAAAAAACUUGAAUGAAAAUGUAGUAAAAAUUGCUGACGCAUUAAAAAGCAAGGAAAUUGAGCAGCCUAAAAUGAAACUCGGAACUACUCAACCAUUCAAUGAGAAAUUAAUCAAAACUGAGGUUGAAAAACCUGUCGUACCUCCGAAAGUUGAUGAAAAACCGAAAACACCUACAAAGAUCGAACCAAAAGUAUUGGAAACUAAGAAGUCACCAAUAAAAGUAAUUCAGAAGACAAAGUCGGAUGGGGUGUCAAAAAUAGGAACUAAGCUUACUCUUCCAGAAGCUGAGAAGAAAGUUGAACUUCCAAAAGCAGUCGAAAUACAAAAGGUUGAAGAAACAUUAAAACCAAAUGAAUCUAUUCAGCCAAAACCACUGGAACCAAAGAAAUCUCCAACGAAAAAACCUGAAAUUGAAACGUUAGACACAAAGAAGAUAGAGGAACAGAUAACAGAAGCUAAGAAGACGGCACCAAAAACAUUAGAAAAAGCUAUAGAGACUCCAAACGCUAUAGAACUUAUCAAAAUAUCAGAUCAACCCAAUCCAUUGGAACCCCCAAAACCAGCCGUCACCAAAAAAUUAUAUGGAAAAUCCGCCUCGUCAGCAACAGACAAGAAAACAGAAAUUAAGACACUAGGAAAUAAAAACACGAGUGACAAUAAAUCACUAACGUCUAAGGACGGCGUCAAAUCAGCUGCCGCAGAAACAUCAAAUCUUAUUGUAGAUAAAAAAUUGUCACCAAAGAGAGACACCAAAUCAUUAAUUAAUCAAUCCACGAGUGUGAAUGACCAAGAGAAAAAAUCUCAAGCAACAAUAAAUGACGAUGGCAUUGAAAGUAAGAAGAAGAAGCAAAUCGAAGAAGUUCUCAAUGAAAAUCAAACGAUUGAAUUAAAUUCGACGACAUCUAACAACAAUAAAAUAUCACCGACAAGUUUAAGUAAGAAAAGUUUUGGCACGUUAUCGAAAUUCCCGACGUUAAAUAAUUUAAAUAGCAUUGCAAUGAAUGAUGCAGUAGAAGAUAAUAAAACAACAAAUGACAACAAUCAAUCAAUCGCGAGUGAACAAUUGAAUGAAUCGGAGCAGCAAGAGAAAAUUAGUAUCGCGUUAGAACCUUCGCAGUUAACAGCUUCUGAGCAACAGAAUCAAACGAAAGAACCACAGGAGAGUGAAUCCGAGGAAGAAGAAUCGUCGUACGAGGAAGAGAGUAGUGAGGAAGAAGAAGAUAUGGGGAAGAAAGACUUUGAUCCACAAAAGAAAGUCAAAAUAGACUUUACGAGUAUGCAAAAGUUCUUCAAGACGGAUGAGAAAAUAAACAUAAAACUCGUCGCACGUCCUCGACCUUUGUGGAAAAUUAAAAGAAAUCGACACGCGAAAUUUAGCUCGUCAGAAUCCGAAUCUGAUGAUGAGGAAGUUGAAGAAAUUUGUGGCGGUGAUUCGGCAACAGGUGGAAGUCAAAGUAGUACAAAUAGUGAAAAAGUUGUGAAGCAAGUGCGUAAAAAUAAAUCAAGUGGAAAUGAAAUUUCGACAGAAAAUAUUGUCGCACUUAUGGAAAAUCUUAAUCUUAAUGAGGAAAAUGAGGAUAAUGAUAAUGCCAGCGAAGAUGCUGGAAAGAAAAAACAAACUCGCUUUAGUACAAGUAGUCAUGACUCAGGAUAUAGUUCGAUAGGUGCUACUGCAGCUAAAAGUCCUCGAAAGGCUUUAGAGACAUCGUACACGUAUACACAAUUCCAGAAGACUGGAAAGAUGACGGCACCUGCAACAGUUAUUCCACGUUUUAGAAAAUAUAGUGUAGAAGAUUUUCAUUUUUUGACUGUUCUUGGAAAGGGCAGUUUUGGAAAAGUAUUUUUAGCAGAAUUGAAAAACACAAGUUAUUAUUAUGCAGUAAAAUGUUUAAAGAAAGAUGUUGUAUUGGAAGAUGACGAUGUUGAGUGUACCUUAAUAGAGAGAAAAGUAUUGGCAUUGGGCACGAGACAUCCGUAUCUUUGUCAUUUGUUUUGUACAUUUCAAACUGAUAGUCAUUUAUUUUUUGUGAUGGAGUAUCUUACGGGAGGUGAUCUAAUGUUUCACAUACAGCAAAGCGGACGAUUUACAGAGAAAAGGGCGAGAUUUUAUGCCGCUGAAAUUGUUUCUGGCUUGAAAUUUCUGCACCGAAAAGGAAUUAUUUAUCGCGAUCUGAAACUUGACAAUGUUCUAUUAGAUCAUGAUGGACAUGUGAGACUAGCCGAUUUUGGAAUGUGUAAACUUGAGAUUUAUUUGGAUAAGACUGCAGAUUCAUUUUGCGGAACCCCAGAUUACAUGCCACCCGAGAUCAUCAAAGGUUUACAUUACAAUCAAUCCGUUGAUUAUUGGAGCUUUGGUGUGCUGCUUUACGAGAUGCUCAUCGGACAAAGUCCAUUUAGUGGUUGUGAUGAGGACGAAUUAUUUUGGUCAAUUUGUAAUGAGAUUCCGUGGUAUCCACAUUUUCUGUCUAAAGAGUCGCUGAAAAUUCUUCAGUCAUUACUAGAAAAGGAUGUUAGUAUACGAUUAGGAUCGAUGGGUGCACCAGACGGUGACAUUAAGUAUCAUCCAUUCUUUGCUGAAAUCAGUUGGGAGAAGUUGGAUAGGAGGGAACUGGAACCGCCGUUCAAACCGCAAGUUCGGCAUCCACUCGACACACAGUACUUUGACAGUCAAUUUACUAGAGAACGUGCUAGACUAACGCCUAUCGACAAAAACAUACUCAUUAGCAUGGAUCAGAAGCAGUUUGAAGGCUUCAGUUACACAAAUCCAAACGCAACUUUAACGUGAAUAUCCAACAAAUCUUCUCUACUCUGUGUCUCUUUUGUGUAUGUUUAACGUAUAUAAAUUUAAUAAUUGCCAAAACCAAAAAAAUUCUAAAGAAUAUUUUUUCUGUGAAAAAAUUUUUUAAUCAUAAAUUUUUAUCUUUCUCUUUUCCAUCGUCAUCAUUUAUGUUCCACCAGUCUAAAGUUCAGUCGAAUGUUCUUUACGUGUAUCACAUAAAUUUUAUUUUUAUUUUAUUUUAUUCUUUAAUUUUAUCGUUUCUGUUCCUUGUGAAAGUUCAAAUCAUUCUCGUAAAGCUUAGAUCCUUUAUGAGACUAUUGAACUUUUAUUUUAUGUGGAUAUCAAUACGUUUAUAUAUUCUGAAAAUUUACUUGUUGAGAGGCAACUCUAGAAUAUUGUGUAUGAGAUGAUAUUGGAGAGGAAUUUCCAAUUCAAUUUAUUAUCACUGCUAGAAGUUGUUGCUUCUUUUGUAAAAUUUUAGAGUAAGGCUGUUAAUUUGUGAAGAAAAGCAAGACAUGAUUGUUGGAUUAGAUCAAGAGUAUAGCCAAAUAGUGCAGCAUCAAAAUAGUGAUCAUAGCUUCGAGACUUGCUAGCUGAUUGUAUUUUAAACAAUUAGUUUAGAAUCCACGAAGAACUACGAUUUAAGGUGAGCUAUCAGGCGAACUCUUAUUCGUUAAACUAUCAUCAGCCAUGGAUUUAUCAAAUUUUUGUUAAUGGUCUUUUUCGCAACCACAUAAAAUUAAUAAAAUCAAAAAUAGAAUUGACUCGAGUGCUAAUUUCUAAACAUUGUUAACAACCAACAAAUGUCUAUGCAAUUCAAUCCUCAAAAUCGUGAUAUCAAUUAGAACAUUCGUGGUUACAAUUUCCAUUAUUAAACAUCUCACUAAUGACCGAAUGCAUUUAAUGAAGCAACAGUUUGCCUACUCAUACUGCAUUAUGAAUUAUGCCCACAUGUUAUGAGUAAUAAGCUCAUAUGCAUCACUUAAUUAUCACGAUUUUUGGUGACAUUGACAUUAUUAGUUGAUGUGAAAAUUAAUAAUAUUGGAAAUCAAUUAUCUAGAUUUUGUAAGCUGGUUGUUAAAAUUUUAAUUCCAAUGAAUUUGUGAAUUUAUAUUACACACACAUUUAGUCAUUAAACUACGUUAAGCUGUUGCUAUGACAAUUUUGAAUUUUUCUAUCAGCAGUUGUUGUGUUGGACUUAAUUUGUCAUAUUAUAUGUUUUUGAAUUUUUUUCAAUAAGUAAAGUGAUGCCGCAAAAUCAUUUGAAAGCUUCAAAGUGACGCUUUAAAAUUAAGUUCGUUUUAUGCAGCAACGCUUGAAUAUUGAGCAAUAUCUGUAAAGCAACGCCUCAAAAUUAAAUCAAUUAUAUAAAGCAACGCUUUAACAUUAAGUCAGUGUUUCAAAGCAACCACUUAACAUAAAAUCAAUUCUACAAAGCCAUGCUUCAAGAAUAAGUCAACGCUUUAAAAAUAGAAUUCAACUUUGUCAUCAUGUCUGCAUCUCUGUUUAACGUCAUUCGACAUUUAAACCACAACCAAUAUACUUAAAACUUUAAGAACUGCAUUCUUCAGUUCCAAAUUAUCUGAUCGAAAGAAAUAUUUUAGAAAAUUAGAGUUGUUGAUAACAAGUAUAAUUAAUGUCAUAUCCACUCUCGAGAUUAAUCUUCAUGUCGAUGUGAAUAUUCAAAGUAUUUAUUAUUUGCAUUUUUUUCUGUCGAAUUGUUUAAUUUAUUUUAAUUUUUUUAUUCUUUUUCUUUCUUUUUAUUUUCUUUAAUUUAUUUUUUUCAUUCCUAAUUUGAUUUAUGAUUUUUUUCGCACGUUAUCAAAUACAUUUCAUGCCCUGAUACACGCCAACGACACGUUGUGAUGAAAACAUCAAUUAAUUGGUGGAAUACAAAUUUACUUUUGCGACAAAUGAAUUUAAUUAAAUUAGAAAAUUAAAUGAGAAAAAGAAAAAGAAGGAACCGAAGCGUCCGAAAUUUUACUUUUGUCCGUGUUGUGGGGAGAUGAAGAUUACGGAGACUUUAUAUUGAAUCCGGGUUGUGUCUAAAUUAGAAUUUCAUUUCUUUACUAGCUGAAAAAUUAAUUCAAAACCUUGUAACAGAUUUUUUUGAUUUAAAAAGUUGUGGUUAAAAAAGUUUAAAUCUAAAAUUUCCGUUACGUUUUGUAUUAAACCACAGGACGCAUAUCCUUCAAAAAAUCUCAAAUAACCAUAACAGUCACAAAAUUAUUAAUGAUAAUAAUUUAAUUAUUAAAUAUCAACCAAAGAAAAAAUUGUUUACGGAUUUAGAAAAUCACAAAAAAAAAACUAAACUGUAAGAAUCACAAGCCUCAGACUAAAAACCUAAUUAGAAAAUGAUCGUCGAUAAAAAAUAAUUAAUUUUUAAAAAUUAUUUGAUCUUUUGCUGAAUUGAUAAUUUUGCUCUCUUACUGCUUAGUAUUUUCUCUUGCUGCAUGUGUCAAAACAAUCUUUUAUUUAUAUAGCGAUUCCAAACAUAGAUAUUGUAUUAAAUAUAUUCAGACACACGAUUCUUUACCACAAAAAAAAGCAGAAGCAAAUUGUCAUCAGCGAGGAAUUUUUUUGAAAGGAAACUUUUUUGAUAAAAAUCAAAAUUAAAAGGAUUAAAUAGCAGGCAAGAUGAAGAUGAUCUUUUCGGUUUUGUUUGGAUCGAAUUUUAAUGUUUUAUUAAUAUUGAGAAUGCAAGUUUUGGAAAUUAAACGCAUUCUUAUAAAAUUCAAAUUUUAAAAAAUUUAACUGCUGAUUUUGAUUCAAAUUGAGUCUGUAGUCAAUGAAAAUUCAAAUUUUAAAAACACGUUAAUAUUUCUGUAACUUUUCUACAUUCGAAAUUCACUAAAACCAACCAAAAUGAGUCAAAAGAGCACCUUCACCUCACAAAUUGCUAAAAACAAAACAAAAACUUGAAUGAGAAUCUUUUUCAAUUCCAUAUCUUAAUAUUAAUAUUUGUUAUUAUUAUUUUUGGUGGCCUUGUACUCGGGCAUUGGAUUCGAAAGAAAAAGAAAAUAUCUAAGAAUGUAAAAUGUAUCUAUUUUAUAUAAUUUUAUGCUAAUAAAAUUCAAAAUGAGAAAAAAAAGCUUUCAAAU